GUGAUGUGGCCCCGUAUUUCAAGACGGAGCCCAGCUUUUCUGAGAUCCACCUGGAGGGGAACCGCCUGGUGUUGACCUGUCUGGCUGAGGGUAGCUGGCCCCUGGAGUUUAAAUGGAUGAUCAACAACAGUGACAUCACUUCCUUUUCCCCCCAAUACAAGUACACCAUCCCAUCUCUGCAGCGGUCUGACGUGGGGUCUUACCAGUGUGUGGUGAGGAACCGGAUGGGGACGCUCAUGCAGAGGAGGGCAGAAAUCCAAGUAGCAUACAUGGGGAACUUCGUGGAGACGGAGCAGCGAAAGACGGUGGCCCUGGGCCGGGCAGCUGUCAUCAGCCCACCUGCCAUCAGCUGCUUUCCGAGGACUCAGGUCACUUGGUUCAGGGACGGCUACAAGAUCAUCCCCAGCGACCGUGUAGCCGUAACGCUGGACAAUCAACUCGUGGUACUGUCCACAACCACAACUGAUGCUGGCCACUACCAUGUCCAGGCCAUCAACGAGAAGAACGGGGAGAACAAAACAAGUCCCUCCAUGUUCCUGAACGUUGCAGCAGACUUGGACUCCUCCGCAGACCCUAUGGCACCGGUGAUCGUGAUCCCCCCCAGGAAUACCACAGUACUCGCCGGGAGUGGUGAGGCAUCCCUGGAGUGCGUGGCCAAUGCCAGGCCCAUAGAAAAGCUGAACAUCACCUGGAAACACAAUGGCGUGACCCUGGCCAGUGCAGUGGGAAGUUUUGGCCGGAGGAUGAUGGUCAUCAACCCCACCUUGCUGGAUGCGGGGCAAUACAUGUGUGAGGCCACCUUACUGGACAGCAGUGUGAAGACAGCUGAGGCCCGGGCCUUCCUCUCCGUCAUGGAGGCCCCCUACUUCACGGCUGAACCCCAGAGGAACAUCAUGGGAGAGGUGGAUAAAACGGUUGACAUCCAGUGUCAGGCUAGAGGAGUGCCCACACCCAAGAUGGAAUGGUACAAGGACUCAGUGCCACUCAGCAAGCUGAACAAUCCUCGUUACCGCAUCAUAUCUGCCAUGGGCCUGCAAGUUCGGAGGGUGCAUCCCAAUGACGCUGGAAUCUUCCAGUGUUUCGCCAGGAACAAUGCUGGGGAGGUCCAAGCCCACGCCUACCUGGACGUGGCCAGUAUGGCCCCCUCCUUCACCAGAGCCCCCACUGACAUCACCGUGACGAAUGGGACAGCUGCCACCUUCACCUGCCAGGUCUCAGGGGCCCCCAAACCUGCCAUCACCUGGAAGAGAGAUGCACAGAUCCUGGCCAGUGGUUCAGUCCAGAUCCCACGUUUCACACUGCUGGAGUCCGGGGGGCUGCAGGUGGAGCCUGUCCUUCCCCAGGACACGGGAAACUACACCUGCUACGCCACCAACUCCGAGGGCGCCAUCCACAGCAGCGCCACCCUCACCGUGUGGAGCCGAACCACCAUCUCCCAGCCGCCCAUGGAACAGCGAGUUAUCAAGGGGACGACAGCCACUCUUGAUUGCCGUGCGACCCAUGACCCCAGAGUGACAGUAAGGUAUGUGUGGCUGAAAGAUGAAGGCGAGAUCAUCCACCCCCGUGGACGCAUCAGCCUGGUCGAUGGCUCUCUUCACAUCAGCCAGACCUGGUCCGGGGACAUUGGGGACUACACCUGCACUGUCCUGUCCCAGGCCGGCAACGACUCCCAGUCUGCACGGCUCGAAGUCAUAGAGCUGCCCCACGCACCAAGGAAUCUCCAGGCCAGGCUGAAUGCCUCAGACAGCCGGGCCGUGGACCUGAGCUGGGUCCGCCCAUUCGACGGGAACAGCCCACUACUGCAUUAUGAGGUUGAGCUCUCCGAAAACAACUCUCCAUGGAAGAUUUACCUCCCCGAAGUGGACUCUGCCCUGACAGAAGUGCUGGUAACAGGAUUGACUCCGGCACGGACUUACCAGUUCAGGGUGUGUGCUGUCAACCAGGUGGGGAGGGGCCAGUACAGCAGCGAAACAAACAGGCUGAUGCUGCGGGAGGAAGCUCCAAGUGCCCCCCCGAAGAACAUUGUGGCUAGUGGCCGGACAAACCAGUCCAUCAUGGUGCAGUGGCAGCCCCCUCCAGAGGCCCAGCUUAACGGUGUGCUCAGGGGUUACGUCCUCAGGUAUCGGCUGGCAGGCCUCCCUGGGGAGUACCAGCAGAAGAACAUCACCAGCCCUGAGAUCAACUACUGCCUGAUCAAUGAGCUCAUCAUCUGGACGCAGUACGAGAUCGAGGUAGCGGCCUACACUGGAGCAGGCCUUGGCAUGUUCAGCCGGCCCGUGAUGGAGUACACGCUACAGGGAGUGCCUACAGCCCCACCUCAGAAUGUGGAGGCCAAGGCUGUAAACUCCACCACGGUGAAGUUCACAUGGAAUCCGCCCCCUCAGCAAUUCAUUAAUGGUAUCAAUCAGGGCUACAAGAUCUUGGCCUGGCUGGAGGAGUCACCUGGGAUGAUUACCGCGGUAACAGUUGCCCCUGACUUCCACGGCACAAGGCACUUGGGAUACAUCGGCAGUCUGCGGAAGUUCACGCGCUACCUGACUGCAGUGCUUUGCUAUACCACACCUGGGGACGGGCCCAGGAGCACGCCUCAGCUGGUGCAGACGCACGAGGACAAACCAGGUCCAGUGGGUCACCUAAGCUACACUGAGAUUCUGGACACGUCCCUGAGGGUAAGCUGGCAGGAACCAGCAGAAAAGAAUGGCAUAAUCAUAGGCUACCUGGUUUCCUGGGAAGUUCAGGGGGAGAUCUCUACACGGGUGUCCCGCACACUGCCCAACACUACACUGGACUACAAGGUGACCGGCCUCACCUCCCUUACCACCUACACCCUGGAGGUUGCUGCCAUAACAGGGGUGGGCCUGGGGAUCAUCACCUCCUCCACCAUCUCCUCUGGGGUCCCUCCAGAACUUCCUGGGCCUCCAUCGAACCUCAUUAUCUCCAAAAUAAGCCCACGCUCUGCCACACUGAAGUUCCAUGCAGGGGAUGAUGGAAAGACCUCCAUCUCCAAGUGGAUAGUCGAGGGUCAGGUUGGUGAGGAUGAGGACUGGAGGGUCCUCUAUGAGAAGGAAAAUGAGCCGGAUGCCCAGAUGCUGGAGGUACCCAACCUGACCCCUUUCACCUACUACAGGUUCCGGAUGCGGCAGGUGAACAUCGUGGGAGCCAGCCUUGCAAGCCAUCCCUCGCGUGUCAUCCAAACCCUGCAGGCGCCCCCGGACGUGUCCCCCAGCAGCGUGACGGUGCGCACGGCCAGCGAGACCAGCCUGUGGCUGCGAUGGGUGCCCCUGUCGGACUCGGAGUACAACGGCAAUCCCGAGACUGUGGGCUACCGAGUACGUCUCUGGAGAGCAGAGCAGCAUGAGGAGGUGCGGAGCCAGGUGGUGAGCGACCGGUUGGAGAGGGAGCUCACCCUGGAUGGCCUGGAGGAGUGGACCGAGUACCAGCUGCAGAUCCAGGCCUUCAAUUCCAUCGGGGCCGGACCCUGGAGUGAGCCAGUGCGGGGCCGCACCCGCGAGUCAGUGCCAAGCGGGUUCCCGGAGAACGUGACGGCAGAGGCAUUGGGAUCCACCAGCAUCCUAGUCACAUGGGGGCAAAUGCCUCAGCGGGAGCAGAAUGGACAUAUCCUGGGAUACAAGGUGCUGUACAGGGAAAAAGAAUCGCACUCCGAGCACCAGGUGCACGUGGUGAAGGGGAGCUUGAUGCAGUCAGCGCUACUGCGAGGCCUGCGCAAGUACAUCCAGUACCAGAUCCAGGUCCUGGCCUUCACCCGCAUCGGCGAUGGAGAACCCAGCCGCCCCCCAGUGGUGGAGCGUUCCAAAGACGAUGUCCCUGGACCUCCUGUCAGACUGGUGUUCCCUGAUGUGCGGCUGACAGAAGUGAGGGCGACUUGGCAGCCCCCAGCGGAGCCCAAUGGCAUCAUCUUGGGGUAUCAGGUCGCCUACCAGCUGGAGGCCGCCAACCGCAGCAUCUUCACCACGGUGGAGGUGGAGUCCAGUGCCAGGGAGUUUACAGCGGCAGGGCUGAUCCCUGAGUCGGCCUACGUGUUUCGCGUCUACGCCCAGACUCAGCAGGGCUGGGGGCCGCCCGAGCAGGCCGUCGUCAUCACCACAGAGCGUCGAGAGCGGCCCCAGCCCCCCCGGAGGCUAAGCGUGCCCCAGUCGGAGGUGCGCUCCCGUCGGCUCCUGCUUGGGUGGGCUCCAGGUGCGGAUGGUUCCUCGCCCGUUCGCUUCUUCACCCUGCAGAUCCGGGAGCUGGAGAUCGGAGACUGGAUCACGCACUCGUCUGCCAUCAGCCACAACUGCACCUCCUGGGAGGUGGAGCGACUGAAGCCCUUCACGUCCUACAAGCUUCGGAUGAUGUCAACCAACGAUGUGGGCGACAGCGGUUACAGCAAAGAGACGGAUGCGGUCACGACGCUGCAGGACGUUCCCGAUGAGCCCCCACUGAUUUUGGCCAUGAAGCCAUCUACGACAACAUCUGUGCUGGUGCAGUGGCAGCCCCCCAGUGAUGAGAGCGUGAAUGGGGUUCUACUGGGGUACCACCUGUACUACCGUGAGCUGCAGUAUGACAGCUCUCCACCUGAGCCGAAGGCCAUGAUGGCAGCGGCGGACAACUCCUCAUCACGGGCCGAGAUGACAGCCAGAGGCACCUUCAAGACCAUGAGCAGCCCACUGUUAACAGAAUUCGAGCUAACCCAGCUGAAUAAGUACAAGCGCUACGAGAUUGUGAUGACGGCCUACAACAUCAUUGGAGAAAGCCCCUCCAGCAGUCCUGUGGAGGUCUUUGUGGGAGAAGCAGCUCCUUCUGUGCCCCCCCAGAAUGUCCAAGUCAGUGCCCUGUCGUCGACACAGCUGGAGGUCGUGUGGGAGCCCCCACCGCUGGAAACUCAGAACGGAAACAUCCAGGGCUACAAGAUCCAUUACUGGGAGAAGGAGAACCAGAACAGGACCGCAAAGGUGAAGGUCCUUUUCCUCCCGGAGACAAUGGUCAGGCUGAAGAACCUCACCAGCUACACGUCCUACUUGAUGCAACUCUUGGCCUUCAAUGCAGCGGGAGACGGCCCCCUGUGUAAGGCACGUGAGGGACUCACUCUGCAGACAGCUCCUAGUGCUCCAAGUUUCAUUGUCUUCUCUGAGGUCACCACCACAACACUUAAUGUGUCCUGGGGUCUGCCCCUGUCACCCAACGGCAUAGUGGAGGGAUACCGGGUGGUGUAUGAGCCCUCCACCCCGAUCCACGGUGUCAGCAAGGUGGUGACUGUGGACGUUCCAGGUAACAAGCAAUGCUGGCUCAAAGUUCGAGACCUGGCCAAGGGUGUGACUUACCACUUCCGAGUGCAGGCCCGGACCAUCAGCCUGGGCCCUGAGCUGGAAACCAACAUCACAACGGGGCCAGUGGAAGGGUCACCUGGUUCUCCCAUACAGAUAUCUCUCACAAAGUCAGGCUCCUCCCUAAUCAUUCACUGGUCAGUGGGAGACAGAGGGGAGGGACCCAUCACCGGAUAUGUCAUUGAGGCACGUCCAUCAGACGAAGGCCUGUGGGAUACUUUUGCCAAGAACUUGCCCUCCAGCAGCUCGUCCCACUCUGUCAGCCUGGACCGUCUCCGGUCAGGAGUGAGUUACCAGUUUCGGGUGCUUGCAGUUAAUCGUUAUGGCUACGGUGAGCCUAGUGCUCCAUCUGCUGUCACUUCAGGGCAGAUGGAGACGCCUUUCUACGAAGAGUGGUGGUUCCUCAUUGUGGUGGCUCUGUGUGGCGUCAUCCUCGUCCUGCUGGUGGUCUUCGGCCUGGUGAUGCACGGUCAGAAUAAGAAGUACAGUAGCUGUGGAACAGGAAAUGCUAUCCCCACAGUUGAGCAGUCGGUCACACUGGAUAAUGGAGGCUUCACUGCACUGGAGCUGAAUAGCCGGCACCUGAACAUGAAGAGCGCCUUUCUAAAGAAGAAUGGCACCAGGUCUCCCCCACGGCCCAGCCCGGGCGGGCUGCACUACUCCGACGAGGACCUCUGCAACAACUACAAUGGUGGCAUCCUGUCAGAAAGCACCACUCUCACAGAGAAGCCCACCCUGGCAUCAGAGUCAGAGGUCACGGACAGCGAGCCAGAGGACGAGCCGCCCAAGCACUCAUUUGUCAACCACUACAUGAGCGACCCUACCUACUUCAACUCGUGGAAACGGCAGCAGAAGGGCCUGAAGCAGAGCCUGGCUUAUGCCUACGAGGAGUGUGCCAGCGCAGACAGCGAGCCCUACUACCAGUCUGUUGUCACGGCCCACAGCACGGGUGGAGCCUACACCCCAACCGGACAGCCCGCCUCCGGCUCACGGACGCCCAUCACAGGCUUCUCCUCUUUUGUCUGAUGCUCCAACCCCCCCCACUCCUCCAUACACGUUUUUUGGAGUCUAUAUCACAGACUGAACCAGCAGCACCCUUACACGUGGCUUUGACAACUGUCAACACCACAGCAAAUGCAAAAGAAGUGAUUUCUCCCCAAAACCAUCUCAAUAUCAAUUGAUAAUUCUUUGGUUAUAUUGUGUUAGUGAUGUUCGCGGUGCCAAAUCAUAAGUAUCCAAAUGAAACUGUAAAUAAAUGUGAGAACAGCUAAAGGUUGGAAUAGAUCUUUUCCAGGUGUCAGAUGUGUAAGUCAUUAGAGUUUUGAUGCACUUCUACUGUGUACAGCUCACAUGCUCUAUGUGUACCCCCUUGCCUCGAUGACCUGAUCAUCUGUUUGAAGGCUGUAUGUGAGCGACAGGUACAGUAUGGCCGCCCUCUCAGUGCCGGGUUCUCUUCUGGAUAGAAUAUUAUCCGGGGCUGAUGACCUCCUUUGCCUUUUCCCAUCUCACUUAAAGAAGGGAGGUAGGAGUUUUGGUACCUAAGCAAAUUAUAAUUGAGAUAUUCCUUUAAAGCAUAUGUACCAGGACAUUUAGCCACAUUAGGAAUAUUACUUAUAAUUAUAAAAAGAGAUGCAGCCCUUAUUAGAGUAGAGGUUGCAUCAAUGAUUGUGAAGGUUCAGAAGAAUCUCUGUAACAAAAGGUAUGUCUGAAUAUGUUUGCCCCAUACAUCUACUCCAGGCAUGUUGGCAUCUGCUGGUCAAACGGCUUUUGGGUUGAAGCUGGCAGGACCAAAGCUGCCCUGACUUUUUCCCUGAAACAAUCAAAACUUGGAUCUUGCCAUGUCAGUCAGGUGGUAAAGUAGCUUGGAUAUUUUUUUUCUUCAUUUCUGAGCUUAAAAGGAUCCAGUGUGAAGAUCGUAUUUUUUUUUUCCAGAAGUGUGAAUGUUGUUUUUUUUUUUGUUUUUUUUUUUUUAACUGUUUUUGUACAUACUGAUUGUGCUCUUAAGCCAUAUGGAUAUUGCUCGAAAGUAAACUGUUUUGUGGCCAUCCAUCUAAAAAAGAUUAAUUAUUUUGGUAUUUUUUUCAAGAGAGUGGUGACAAUUUGUUUUUGUCCUUUUUUAGGCUAGGUGCACAUGUUGACCAGAUUUUGUGUGUUAGGGGUCACUUUUUGAGCAUUUUUAAUAUGUUGUUCUUGCCAAGUCAGUGUACUUAGUGUUACAGCCUCCGUUGGUCUGUGGUAGCCUGUUAUUAGAACAGCACUGAUUUGAACCAUGUCAAGCCAGGCAAAUAUGAAUGGAAGACUUUUAUUUUGCAAGAAAUUAGGUUGUCUUUUUAAAAUUUAAGGUGUCCCCAAAUGCUUCCAGUUGUAUGAGUGGAGGUUUUAAGUUAAUCGCUGCAGCCAGGAGUACAUUAACAUUUUCAGGGGGCCCUGGGCUGUUUUGGGGAGGGGAGGAGGGAAUGGCUAAAAAUAUGAACUGGGGGGAGGGGUUUUAAAUGUUAUUAAACAAGGUUAGCCUGGGUAAACCUGUGCUUUAAAGCAUAGUAAUUCCUGAGCUGCUGAGUAACAUUUAUUUCUUGGUCUUACACUUUACCCAUUUGACAUAUUUCCAAUUGAAGCUCCUUAAGGCUUCAAUGCAUAUAGGUGAGGAAAUUCUGAGCACUAUUUCAAUUUGAGAAAAGCAUAAGCACAGGUCCAGAGUCCAAACCACAGUGAAUUGUACAGAACACUGCCAGGCUGACCCUCUUUAGGGUGGGGUGGGUGGUCAGCCCUCCGCUGCACUGUACCGGUUCACAGUGGUACAUCCUGAUUCCAUUUCCUGGCACACCAACAGAGGCACUCCGGUUCUCCUCGGAAGUGGCGGGUGGGGGUGGGGUGUUGCCAGGAGUGGACUGAAGGAGAGGGGUGUCUCAGUGUUUUUAUUGUGUCAGGGGUCUUGGGGGCUUCCGGGACCCAUUAGAUCCCCACGGUUCAUGCAGUGUGUCUGGAGACAGUAAUGCAGACAGUUUCUUUGGGAUUCAGCAGCACAGAUGUAUUGCACCGAUAAUCAUGAUGCUUUGCUCUGGCUUUUAAAUACAUUCUUUUGACCGUCAAUAUUUGAAAGCAGACUGGGCGUGUGUUACCAUUAGUGAUGGAACAUGUGAGACUUAAAAACCUACCAUGGGCAAGAUUACUGUGCAUUGUCAAUCACUGCCAACAGGAACCAACACAAUAACAUACGAGAAGUGGGUUAAACCAUUCAGAGACUGACAGGGCAUGACACACCAAGCCGCUGUGGGAAGCCUCAUUUCUCCCAUCACUAAUAAACGUAAAUCUUAGUGUGAACUUUCCCAUUUUGUUCUACCAAUAAAGCCUUCUAUUGAAUUUGCAUUUUUAAAAAUAUGUUAAUUCCCAUGACUUCUGUAUUUAUACAUUUAUACAAAUUUAUACGAAAACCUUUAGUGUUACAUGAGUGUAACAAAGCAAUUGAAGUUUUAAUUUAUUGUAAAUAUAAAUAGCUGUACAGGUCUUGAAAACAAGUGUGAGAUUCUCUAUACUUUUCACAGUGGAUGAUGGAUGUGCUACCACUGCAUUAUACAGAACCAAUAAAUAAAUUAUUUGGGAGAUAUUUUUGAAAUAGAAAAAGGGGAAUAAAAAUUCUACCCUGUUACGA